GGACUGGUGCUAGGAGCAGUGCUGUGGUUAAGGACCGGAUUAGGGCUGUGACUGACGAUGGGAUUGGAUUUAUGAUUGGCACCGGGGCUGAAUCUGUGAUUUAAACUGGGAUCGGGACUCAGUCUGCUUGGUGUUGAGACUGGACCUGUGAUUAGACCAGGGACUGACGCUGGAUUGUGCUGGGAUUGGAAGCUCAGGAGCUGGACGGGUACUGGGAUCGGACCCGCGAUCGGUGCUGGUGUCAUUCCGCUUGGCUCCGGGAGGGACCGAGCGAGUCGGUGGGGAGGGACGAAGGAAGGGGGUGGGGAGGAGGAGACUGCUGCUGGAUCUCUCCGCCGCGCGGCGAUCCUUCAUCAGCAUCAGGUCCGGCAGCUCGGCUCGGAGCCGCGCGCUGGGUACCAUGCUCGAGUCCGGGUGAGAGAGCGAGACAGGACCCCAGGCCCCCCGACGCCCUCCUCCAUUGUUUCCCACCCCCCUCCCUCUUUAUUGUGCACAAGUCGCGGCGUUAUUUACGGUCCGCCGCGCGCGCCGUGCCCCCCCCAUGAUGGAGGCGGCCGUGCUGAAGCACCCGGCGAUGGCGGACGCGAACUGCAACAACAACCACGCGCUGAACGCCGAGCUCGAGGUGAAGAAGCUGCAGGAGCUCGUGCGUAAGCUCGAGCAGCAGAACGAGCAGCUGCGGAGCCGCGCGCUCCUGGCCGGCGGCGGCGGCGGCGGCGGCUCCCCGAGCGGCGCGCCCCCGGAGGAGCGGAGCGCCUACUUCGAGCGGCGCGGCUCGGGCGACGGCGACGCGCAGGACCCGCCGUCGCUGCUGGACGAGGUGGAGCUGCUGGACGUGGAGUCGGAGCUGGACGGGGAGCCCGACGACACCUGGUUGUACGUGCCGCCCAAACCCAGGCGCUGGACCGAGAGCUCUCUCAGCCCGCUGCAGUGGUGCCGGCAGGAGCUGGAUCAUCCCAGGCCGGAGGUGGAAGCUGCUAAACGCUCUCUGUGCUACAGACUAGAGCAAGCUCAGCGGUGGAGGGGUAUCUUCUCCAGCCCUGUGCCUCCAUGCCUGCCCUACCACCCUGUGGCAGGGGUCUCGCCACUCAGCAGCUUGGCAAGACCUUUGGGCAAAGCCAGCCCCGCGGAGCGGACAGCGUCUUUCUCCUUAUCCAACCAUUCCUCGCACCACCUGACUCAGACCUCCAGUGGGAAGGACUGUUCUGGUCUUGCCGAGAGGUGUCCCACGUUUCUGUACCAUUCAACCAAUCACAGUUACAGCCAGAAUCGGCCCCUCCUCAGCCCGGAGUCUUCCAUGGAAAGCGAAGUCAAUACGUCGGAGCUGGAGGACAGCUCCAUCUCGAUGGGCUACAAGCUGCAGGACCUGACCGACGUGCAGAUCAUGGCACGCCUGCAGGAGGAGAGUCUGCGCCAGGACUACGCCUCCACCUCAGCCUUGUCGAGCCGCCGCAGCUCCAGCUUCUCUUUCCACGCGGGCCGCUGGACCGCCCGUAGUGAUCUGCACCCAGAGGAGGAAGAAGAUGAAGAGGACGAGGAGGAGUGCGACCAGCUUCCGCCCCCGCAGCCCCAACUGGCUCGUGCCAGGCCCCUGCAGCGCAGCCUGUCCCAUUCCCAGAGCUUCUCCAGCGCCAGGGAGUGCCGUCGCAGCCCAUCUGCACCCCAGUACCUGAGUGGCCUGUGCCAGCAGCAGUGCUCCAGCCCCACAGCAACCAGCUACACGCCUGAGGCUCAGGGCCACAGGACCAGUUCUGGCUCUCCUGUUUGGAAUCAACCGGAAUAUGAGAAUAAGCUACGGAGAAGCAUGCCCAAUCUGGUGCGGACUCCCAGCACGCCCAGCGUCCCCGGUGUGCCUGGAAUUCCCAGCCCCGCUGUUCAAGGCAGCUGUCCUGCCAUGCGGAAUAGCCAGAGCUUUGACUCGUCCAGCGGUCUGGCCAGGAUGCAGUCCUCCAUUCCGUCCCCAGGUCAGCUCCAGCACCGUGUCCAGAGUGUGGGCAAUUUCUCCGCGUCGUCACGGCAACCCACCAAGGCCACGGCCUACGUCAGCCCCACGGUACAGACUAGCUCCGCCCUGCCGACGUCCGUCAGUUUGCACUCUGUCUCCGGCAGCGGCAUUCCGCUUCCCAGCAAGCCCACGUCCAUCCCAGUCCGCAGCGCCCUGCCCCGGCCCGCGUCCUUCAGCGGCAGCAAGAUUGGGCAGCCCAUGCGCAGUUUACUCACGCCCCCGAAAAGCUUGGCAACUCUUAGCGCUCUGCGGGACAGUAGCUGGCGGGACGGGUGCUACUGACGGAGGCCGAGCGCUCCCAGGGAGGUGCAGGGGUGGUGCUACGGCAUGGGGGUGUGGGCCAGGGCUGCUUCGGGAGACCCUGCAGGCUCAAGGUGCCCAGCUGGCUGGGGCUGCUUGCUUCACCCUCAGCUGUUCUUGAAGAGUCAGCAUUGAGGAUGGAAAAUCCAAAGGUGAAAUUCUUUUGAGGGGCAGGGGGGACAAAUUUUUUCUUUUCAUUAAUUCCCUGAGCCUCAGUCACCAAUGAUGACUGACUGGACUUGACACAGUAUGUGUCGCAGCAAUGCUUACAACUGCAAUAUGGUUUUUUUAUAGAAGUAUUUUGGCCAAAAAAAGUCCAGUUAACGUUUAAAACUGUUUACAAGAUCGCGCCUGAGAAAUUUUAAAUUAUUUUGGCACUUUUUUUUUUUUUUUUUUUUUAAAAAUGGUGAUGGUUGAGAAAUGAAUGUCUGAUCCUGUGAGAUACUGAAAUGAAAUGUGUAAAAUCUUUGUAAAGUUGUGUGCCUAUUGUAAAAGGUGUUUAAUUUUGUACGUGUUUUGUUACCCUGAGUCUAAUUGCACUUUCACUUGUUUCGUUGUUCAUAGAAAGCACUAGAAGAAUGUUUCUCUGAGUUGUACGUUUGUUUCGUUAAAUCCACCAAUAGAGCCGUAUAGCUGGACUGUCACUGGAUCUUUUAUUGUGCUCAGUUCUUCUAAGUUUAAUAAAUUCACACAUUUCACUUUAU